CGGCUCGGCGUCGCUAUGGUAACGCAGCCGCUUCGCUCGCAGCUCCUUUUCUCGCCCCGCCCCGCCCCGGUCUCGCGAGAGCGGCCGGGCCGGCGGGGAGGCCGGGGCGCUCAGGGGCCUUUUCAAACGCAGCGGCAGUCGCAGGAGCGCGGCGAGGAAAUGGCGGAGAACGACAAGCCGGAGGCGGGGGUGGUUGUCGCGCCCCCGCGACCGGCGGAGGAGGCCGCAGCCGCGCUCGAGAUCCAGCCUCAGCCGCAGGCUCAGCCUCAGCCGCAGGCUCAGGCUCAGCAGCAGGACGAGGCGGCGGCGGCAACGGUGGCAGCAGCAGCGGCAGCCGAGAGCGGUGGCGGCAGCGCCAAUGGCGUCAAAAUGGAUAAUGAUGAGACGACAAAGGAAGAGAAGGCUCCUGUGAAGGAAAAGUAUGUUCCAAAACCAAAGGCAAUUCCAUCUCUUGGAAACAAGAAUAGAUUCCACCCCUAUUCAAAGGAUAAGAAUUCGGGCACCGGAGAAAAGAAGACUAUUAACCGUAAUAGAGUUUUCAUUAGCAACAUCCCAUAUGACAUGAAAUGGCAAGCUAUUAAAGAUCUCAUGAGAGAGAAAGUUGGUGAGGUUACAUACGUGGAGCUGUUUAAGGAUGCUGAAGGAAAAUCAAGGGGUUGUGGUGUGGUCGAAUUCAAAGAUGAAGAAUUUGUGAAGAAAGCUUUAGAAACAAUGAACAAAUAUGACCUUAGUGGAAGACCCCUGAAUAUCAAAGAGGAUCCUGAUGGUGAACAUGCUCGCAGGGCAUUGCAGCGUGUAGGAGGACCAUUCCCAGGAGGACAUGGACCCGAUAUGGCACCUGGAUUGAUGAAUUUACCACCUUCUAUUCUCAAUAAUCCAAACAUUCCUCCUGAGGUUAUCAGUAAUUUGCAGGCUGGCAGACUUGGGUCCACUAUUUUUGUUGCUAAUCUUGACUUUAAAGUUGGUUGGAAAAAAUUAAAAGAGGUAUUCAGUAUUGCUGGAACCGUAAAACGUGCAGACAUCAAAGAAGACAAAGAUGGCAAGAGUCGAGGAAUGGGAACAGUGACUUUUGAACAAGCAAUUGAAGCAGUUCAAGCAAUAUCUAUGUUCAAUGGACAGUUCCUGUUUGAUAGGCCCAUGCAUGUAAAAAUGGAUGACAAAUCUAUUCCGCAUGAAGACUUCCGUGUAGGAGACAACAAAACACCACAAUUACCCCGUGGCCUUGGAGGCAUUGGAAUGGGACUCGGACCAGGUGGACAGCCCAUCAGUGCAACCCAGCUGAGCAUGGGUGGAGGAAUGGGGAAUAUGGGACCUGGAGGUAUGGGACUGGAUGGCCCAGGAUUUGGAGGAAUGAACAGAAUGGGAGGAGGGGUUAUUGGAUAUGGAAUGGAAGGCAUGACUAACAUGGGUGGAUUUGGUGUCAGCAGAAUGGGAGAAAUGUUCCGUGGUGGAAUGGGAGGAAGAAUGGAAAGAGAUUUUGGUAGCAGUGAUAUGGCCCUGAACCGUGGCUUUGGAGAUUCUUUUGGAAGAAUGGGUGGUGCAAUGGUUGGUGGUUUUGCAGGAGGAAUGGGAACUCCUAGCAUGGGCCCAGUAGGAUCUGGAAUGAGUGGUGGAAUGGGUGGUAUGAACAGUAUGACUGGAGGAAUGGGAAUGGGGAUGGACCGAAUGAGCUCUAGCUUUGAUCGAAUGGGACCAGCAAUGGGAGCUGGCCUGGAAAGAAACAUCGAUAUGGAUCGAGGAUUUGUAGCUGGCCCAAUGGGAAGUGGCAUGAGAGAGAGACUAGGCUCUAAAGGCAACCAAAUAUUUGUCAGAAAUCUGCCUUUUGACUUGACCUGGCAGAAACUGAAGGAGAAAUUCAGUCAAUGUGGACACGUAAUGUUCGCAGAAAUAAAAAUGGAGAAUGGAAAAUCAAAAGGCUGUGGAACAGUCAGAUUUGACUCGCCAGAAUCUGCUGAAAAGGCCUGUAGAAUAAUGAAUGGCAUAAAAAUCAGUGGCAGAGAAAUUGAUGUACGCUUGGAUCGCAAUGCAUAAUUUAAAACUGUGUGUUCAGGAACAUUCCUAUGUCUGUUUAGCUUCUCUAUCCUAGUAAGUCAUUUUUAGUAACAUUGUAUGCUUACAAAAGCUGUAAAAACGAACUUUUAAAUCCCACCAGCCUUUAACAGUAUAGUGUUUAAUAUACUGUGAUUCUUGUUAACUGAAUCUUACUAUGUUUGGUUUUUAAAGACAGCUGCCUGUUUUUUGGAGGCACUGAGCACCUGCAGGUCCCAUUACAGAUGGUGGAAGCUGUGGAUGCUCUGCACCUUUGGAGAAUUAGGCCAAGUGUCUCUAGUCAUUCAGUUUAAAUGAAUGGUUAUACCGUUUUUAAUAAAAUAAGCCAUUUUCUCUGUUAAUCUCAAGAUUGCAUAGUGGGAUAUGUUUAGUGUUUCAGAUUUUUCCCCCAUCCUGUAUCAACAUUGUAAUGUAAAAAUUUAGACUUUUUUUCAGAAUUUUGCUUUUAUAUAUGCAUUGUAGUUACACUGUUUAUUCUUGAUCCUAAAAGAAAAGGGCUCCAAGUAGGCUGUGAUGCUUUUUGUUCUACUUUUAAGAUUACUUUUAAGCCAUGGUUUAGAAGUUCUGUAAAUAAGUUUUAGAGCCCAGAGGGAGUUUUGGAUUUUUUUUAUUUCACUAAAUGAAGAAAUUGAUCCUUA